GCCAGGCAGAUAAGUGGGGGGCCCUCAGAGUCCCGUGAGCGUCAGCCCUGCGAGGAAGACCUUCGGAAGGAGCGAUGCGGCUGGCCAAGCUCUCUGUGGGGCCCGUCCUGUGGCUCGCCGGCUGGUGCCUGCUCGCAGCAGGUGACCCCUCGGGGCAGGAGGACCCCCGGCAGCCCUGCUCCCCACAAUUGGGCUCUGAGAAUUGCCCCAAGCCCACGUCAGUCCCCCUGGUGUCCUCCUUCACCAAGACCCCUACCCGGCCCCCAAAGCACACCACGACCCACCACCAUCACCGGCACACGACCAACCACACCACUACCCCCCACACCAGCCAUGCUGCCACCACAGCCCCUGCCAACCACACCUCGCCCCACCACCCCACCACCGCCGCCCCACGGCCCACCCGGCCGCCGGCCGUGCUCGUGGGGAACUACACCGUCAAGAAGGGCACCAGCAUCUGUCUGCGGGCAGAAAUGGGGCUGCAGAUGCAGAUCCGGUACGCAGACAAAGCCAAGCGGCAGGUCUGGGGAGCCUUUGUGGUGCAGCCCAACCGCACUAACUUCUCCGGGACGUGUUCCGACAAGACGGCCUCCUUGAAACUACAUUUCCCAGAGGGCUUCAUUCUCUUCACUUUCGAAAAGAACGCCACGGAAAAGGCAGCGUACCUGAGGCAGGUGCAGGCCAAUCUCACCUUCCAGUUCCCCCAGGCGACAGAGAAGACCUUCAGGGCCAACAACGCCUCCCUCCGGGAGUUUGCGGCCCCUCUGGGCAAGUCCUACCAGUGUCGCAACCGCAGCCUGGCCCUGAGUGAGAACUUCCACCUGACGGCCCUGAGCGAGCGCAUCCAGGCCUUCCAGCUGCAAGAUGGGAAGUUCGGGGAAGCGGAGGUCUGUCCCGAGCAGAAGCGCUCCGUCGUCCUGCCCAUCGUGGUGGGCGUGGUUCUCGGCCUCCUCAUCCUCAUUGUCCUCGUGGCCUUCGCCGUGGGGCGGUUGCGAGCCCGCACGGGCUACGAGUCCCUCUAAGAGCCCCCGGCGGCCCCCUUCCUCGAGUUGCAGCUGGACCAGCUGACGGAAACCUGGAUUUGAGUCUUUUAACAAGAGCCACUGAUGGACAGAAAUGCCAAGCGAGAAAAAAAUGCCAGCCGCUAAUCCACUGCCCUUCCUCGGACUGCCAUUUGAGGACUACACUUUCAGGGGAUUUUAGCUUUUUUUUUAAAAAAAAACAACGGUGUUGCUUAUGGCGGGUGGGGGAGAAAGGCAGGAUGUUAAAUAAGCACAGGGAGCCAUAUAGGUAGUCCUCGACUUACAAUAGUUCACUUAGUGACCGUUGGAAGUGACAACAGCCCUUUAAAAAAGUGACUUAUAAUUGUUUGUCGCGCUUAAGACCGUGGCAGCAUUCCCAGAGUCACGUGAUCAGAAUUCGGACCCUUGGCAACUUGACUCAUAGUUAUGACUGUUGCAGUAUCCAGGGAGGGUCCCGUGAUCCCCUUUUGCGACCUUCUGAUCUGAAAAACCAACGGGGAAGCCAGAUCCACUUAACAACAGCAGCCAUUCCAUUCGCAACUGUGGCCAAGAAAGGUCUUAAAAUGGGGCGAAAUUCACUGAACGACCAUCUCACUUAGCAAUGGAAUUUUCUUCCUCCAGAGAGGAAACUGUGAGAAGGGAGGCAAAUAAAUUGGAUAAUAAUAAUAAUAAUAGUGAUAAAAUAAUCAUAAAGAGGAAUGAGCAACGGGAACAGAAUGCGGACCAACGGGUUUGUGAGUGGGGCUGCCUCCCCGGCUUUUAUGCAGCUGACCGGGGGACGCUUUCAAACUCCAUGUAAAGCGGGUGCAGUUUACUCCAGAGAGUAAAGAGGAAGGAACCUGGUAGUUGGGAGGGAGGGAGGGUUUGCUUUGA